GAAACGCCGACUGGGAUGGCUGGGACAAGGCUGAAAACAUCAUAACCAAAUACUUGAAAGGUGGUGGAAGCUCGAGUAGGAGCAAGAAGGAGAUGAAACAAGAUAACGAUAAACUACAAGAACAGGAAAGAUUUUUGCAAAACCAGCACAGUGCAAUCGCGCUAGUUGCUGGUGGAGGCAAAGGCGCCAAGGUAAAAGAUGAGAGUGGACGCUUCGAAGACGGAUCUAAACAACCCAUUGCAAGUUCUGGAGCCGUCGUGGGAGCAUCUUCUUCAACUGCCUUUUCUGCAUUAGCUGGGCCUCGUUUAUUUAGUAAUGGAAAUGAAGCACAACUCGGAGCUGCUGCAGGUGGGGUUCCUCAACAUCGAACUACUCCUCAAGCUCAAGCACAAGCGACCGUGAAAAAAAUAGAUAUGACGAAAUUGCGCCAGAUGUGUGCUGCAAAGAAGGAAGCUGACAAGCUGGAGGAGGAAAGGAGGCUUAGGGAAAAACAGGCUAGGGAGGAGAAGACCCGAAGUCGGAAUUUUUUUGAAAAGGAUGGUCGUGUAGCUGUAGCAAAAAGCGGAGAAGGACGAGAGGAUGCAAAGCCAAAAGAGGACGCGG